CUAUCUCUAAUUUUGAAGAGGAAGAGGCAGGCGAAGAGGUGACUUUCACCCCUGGCAGCUUAGCAGCAGAUGAAACUUCAUCAGCAGCUAAAGAUCCUUUGCUUCAGAGUGUAGGGGAUGUCACAAAGACCCAGCAGUCCUCCCGAGAUGGUGAGGUCAAGCAAGUAGUGGUCCAGGAACAGUCCACAAAGAUGGAAAUUACCAAAGUCUCGAAUUCUGCCAAAAGGUCUGCAGAUGCCUCCUCUGGCCUAUCUUUGCCACCUCCUUCUUCUCUCCUCCUCCUACCUGGGGCUGUGCCUUCAAGAGACAAGGCUGUCAACACUGCCUCCUCGUCUCACCUCAGGGGAGACCUUAACCCAAGUUCUAACUCAAGCACAGUUAUGGAGGACACCACCCUUGCAUCGCCACUCACUACCGACACUCCAGCUGUGAGCCCCGAAACCCAGCAGUCAGUGCUUGACGCCUGCCCCCACGAUGUCCUCUACAUCUCAGACCUUAUCACCUUCUCCUCCAGGUUCUGUGGCUCCAACCGGCCUCCCAGCAGCCAGCUGGUUUUCGGCUCCAGCCAGGAGAUGGUGGAGGUCAUCAUGGAGCUCAUCACCACCACACACUGGGGCCGCGGCUUUGCUCUUCUCUUCCACUACCACAACUUGACUGAGCCAGGGGGGGACCGCCGUGCCUCUGCUCCUACAGCCAGCAAGGUAGACUCCCUGCUGGCUGCUGUGAGUGGAGCUGCCUUCUUCGCUAUGAUACUUACAAGCGCCCUCUGCAUCGUUUUCAGACCCAAACUGUGUCCAAAAAGAGCCGGCUCCUGCGCAUCCAGCAACUCUGAGGUGGCAGAGGGAGUCCAGAACACUGUGGCUGAGGUCAGCGAGCUGCAACUGAUGGCUGAGAAUCAGACCAACCUGGAGGCAUCUACGGAGCAGGGCAAUAGCAACCACAGCCCGCCACACACAGUCAGUGCUUCCAUCGACAUUUCCCAGAAUGCAGAGGUGGACCUUUCCUGCAGCGGCUUGACUGAACUUGACCUUGGUGCAGAUGAGGUUUUCAUUGUAUCAUCAGCCCCUAGCCCAAGCAGGCUACCCUUCUCCCCUCACACGCAGAGGGAGAGGUUUCUGCGGCACAGCGACACUAGCCCCAGCCCUGCAGGUGACUGGCCCUCACCAGACUCCACCGCCUCACCUACAGGUGACAGGUCAGCAAAGGAUGGCAGCGGAGGCUGUGCCAGACCGAGAGCGUGGAGCGUACGCACCUUCCAAGACUUCCUCCCCCCACUGCCACAGCUGCAUAAGAAGUGGUGCAGCUGGAACUCCACCAGUCCCUUCACCAAGCUCGUGGACAGCGCUCCAGCCAGUUUGACAGCUGAGUGCAGGGGAGGCGACAACAGGAAGGUCUUCUCUGAGGCUCACUUGGAGGCCAAGGCAGACAACAGCACCAUCUCUGACUCAUCCAUCAGCAAUGCCUCGUACCCACUUACACAGCCUGCCCAGAGGCAGCGGCGUCUCAACUCCACCAGCAACCUGCGGCGCUCACGCUUCACAGGGCCUUGCUUUGGGCUUCUCUCUGGGACAGCAGACCCAGUGAAGGCCUCUGGGGUUCCUCAGUCCCAGGGAUCCCCCUCAGAGCCCAGCUCUGGCUCGUCUUCUUCCACCCAGUGUCAGAUUGAGAGUGGCCAGGCCGUAAAGAGGCGUGAUUUCCCAGGCGAGGGUGAUCACGUCAGCGUACCUGUGUUUGCCAUCUCUGAGGAGGAGGACCGACAGCCUCUGGUCUCAGCUGAGCACCUGGACCAGACCUCUGCUUCUGCUGUGCUGAAUGGACUGGUGAGGGGGACAUAUGAGGGGAAGAGGCCUGCAGUAGGAAGCACCAGCCACAGCCCCCAGAACCAGAGGGCCAGGCCAGAGUGGAGGCCAUGGGGGAGCCAGGUGUCAGGAGGGGUUGGUCCACUCCCUUCCAACACACCCACUACCAUGACGGAGUCAAACACAGUCAGUGACAGCCAGCUGUGUCUUGGUCAGUCAACAGCUCUGUGCAGUGUUACCAACCAGAUGUGACCAGAUGGUGAAAAGAGGAGAGACUCUGGUGGGCCAAUUACGCAUUUCUGAACUCUGUUAGUGCCACUUUGUGAAAAAUAUAACCUACUUCAUUAAUUUCUGAAAUCAUCUUUUACAAAAUUACUACACAUUCUUUUCACUCUAGUUGUUCUUUAUUUUUAUAAAGUUGUGUUUGGACAAAGAUGGAAUAAUAUGCUGCUUACUAUGCCAAGGCAAUGACUGCUACGGUAUUUUGUGUUUAAAAAAAAAAAAAGAAAAAAAAAAAAAAGAUUGCAAACAUGAACACAAAAAGUAUUUUCUGAGCAAGUACUCCAUAACCCCCAACUGUUAGGAGCACUUUUUAACCAGAUUUAUUAACCAGUUUGAUGCUAUUCAGUGAGUUAUAAUACUCCAACCAUUGCACUUUGCUUUCAAUAGCUCAUUCAUUGUGGAUUUUGUGCUGCCUUGUGCCAGCUUUCUGCUUUUUCCUUAACGUGGUUCCUCAUGUGGCUACUUUUUAGCACAGGCUAAUAAAUGCUUAUACAGUUAUUAUCCAAAAGUUCUGCAGAUCAUAGAUCAUACAUUAAUAUCAAUGUUACAACAGUGUAUGCAUACAGUAUGUACUCCUAAGGCUGAUACUGGAUUAUAAAAGGGAAAUCAAAAUAAUGUAAAAGCAUAUACAGCACUAAUAUACACCAUUAUGUAGUAUAAAGAGAGAACUAGCAAUCACAGUCAUAUUUAAAAUGAGUUAUGAAUUAAUGUAAAUUUUUAAUAAAGGCUAUGU